GGCUCUGUUUAUGGUUUGGGAAGGAGUUUGAGGACUAACGAAAUUACAGGAUGAGAUGGUCGGUCGGCUAUGAUUAUUGGUCUCCCCCAUACUUUUCCAUCGACGUCACCGCCGAACGUUCCAUGAGUUUCCUUCUUUUCCCGGUACAAAAUGUUACGGAUGGACCCCCAGGCUUUCCAGUCGCCGUUGUUUACGCUCUCAAUGACCCCGUCGUUCGCUUCAGUUCACCUUCUCAUUCCCCCUUUGUUUCGACCAUCCGCGGCGGGCUUCACUUGCUGUUCGCCAUUCCUCGCUGUCCCUGCCUGUACUUCUUAUCCCGUUCUUUUUUCUCCCCUUCAGCGCUGAAGAUACCAGAUUGUAUUUUGCUUCGGAUCUUUCGAGAUCGGCUUUUUUCUCCACGCGGUCCCGCAACCGUCGACCAACUGCGGCCGUUGCAUGCGGAAGGGCGGUGGCGAGGGUGCGGUCCAUGGAUUUUGUUAAUUAAUUACAAAGAUACCGGUUCGGUUCGUGGUUCGCGUCGGCUGGAGUGCUCAUGCUUCACGGUGUUGCUCUGGCCGGAGGGGUGUUCAGUAGGUAGUUAAUGGAGUAGAUCCUUCCACUUAGUUCACAUUGAAAAAUACGAAUUCCCAAUAUCCAAC